CAAGUCCACUAUCUACUUAACAGUAAGCAAUGACGAUGGUGAGGUCUAUAUGUCCUUUGGCAUACCCGGUGGCUCCUCAUCGUCAACUGUCAUCAAGAUCAAAAUGGACUACUCAGGAAAGAUAGAAAUCCUGAUCUGGAACAGCAACAUUUUGGAGUGGGAUGUCCUGGAGGCAGAGCCUAGCCAUGAAUGCAGUACAUAUGGAUAUUGUGGUCCGUUUGGGUACUGUGAUAACACAGAGCCUAAUGCGACAUGCAAGUGUCUCGACAGUUUCGAGCCAAUAAGCAACAAAGACGCGAGCAAUGGAAAGCUUCCGGAAGGAUGCCGCCGCAAGGAGACAUUAUGUGAAGAAAAUACUAGUUUCCUAACUUUGACGACCAUGAAGAUUCCGGACAAGUUCGUGUAUGUCAAGAAUAGAAGCUUUGACGAAUGCACAGCGGAAUGUGCUAGCAACUGCUCCUGCAUAGGUUACGCUUAUGCCAAUAUGGGCACCAUGGCUAUCAAUGGGGAUGACACAAGGUGCCUAUUAUGGAUGGGUGAUUUGAUUGACACAGAGAAGCGCAUUGGAGGAGAAAAUCUUUACAUUCGAGUAAACAGAUCAAGUGAUAAAAAGAGGAGCAAUAUCCUGAAAAUUAUUCUUCCAGUUGUAUCAAGUUUGCUCAUACUCAUAUUCAUGUGGCUUGUUUGGACCUGUAACUCACGAGCCAAACAAAGAAAUAAGAAAACAUGGAAGAAGAUAAUAUCAGGAGUUUUGAGCAUUUCUGAUGAGCUCGGGGAUGGUAAGCUUCUCUCUAUUAGCUUCAGAGAAAUUGUACUAGCAACAGACAAAUUUUCUAGCACCAACAUGCUUGGACACGGAGGUUUUGGACAUGUUUAUAGGGGAACAUUAGAAUGUGGUAAAACAGUUGCUGUGAAAAGGCUUAGUAAGGGUUCUGGCCAGGGGGUAUUGGAGUUCAGAAAUGAAGUACUUCUCAUCGCCAAGUUGCAGCACAGAAACCUAGUUAAACUUCUUGGUUUCUGCAUUCAUGGAGAUGAGAAACUAUUGAUAUAUGAAUACUUAUCAAACAAAAGUUUGGAUGCCUUUCUUUUCAAUUCCACAAGAAAACCAUCGCUUGAUUGGUCAACAAGAUUCAAUAUAAUCUUAGGGAUAGCUAGAGGACUUCUUUAUCUUCAUCAAGAUUCAAGGCUGAAGAUAAUCCAUAGGGAUCUCAAAGCAAACAACAUAUUAUUGGAUGAUGAAAUGAGCCCCAGGAUAUCUGAUUUUGGUAUGGCAAGAAUUUUUUAUGGCAACCAGCAACAAGGAAAUACCGACCGCGUUGUUGGCACAUAUGGUUACAUGUCGCCUGAAUAUGCUUUGGAAGGUGUGUUUUCUGUCAAGUCUGACGUGUAUAGCUUUGGAGUUUUAGUUCUAGAGAUUGUGAGUGGCUCAAAGAUCAUCUCUACGCACAUGACAGAAGAUUAUCCCAACCUUAUAGCCCGUGCUUGGAGCUUAUGGAAGGAUGGGAAUGCAAAAGAAUUUGUUGACUCAUCCAUUGUGGAUAAUUGUUCACUUGAUGAGACUUCGCAGUGCAUCCAUAUCGGGCUCUUGUGUGUUCAAGACAACCCAAAUUCUCGGCCAUUCAUGUCAUCAAUUUUGUCAGUUCUGGAGACUGGAGAUAUAUCACUUCCACCUCCAAAACUGCCAACAUAUUUUGCAGAAAGGAAUCAUGGAACUGACGGAGCAGCAGAAGCUGUUGUGAAUUCUGCAAAUAGUAUGAGUGUUACAGAGUUGGAGGGACGCUAGAAGUAUAAUUCCUGCAAAUACCAAUUGGGGCUGGUUCAGUUGUUCCGGAACAAGCCCAGGAACCGUUCCUGCUGACGAUGGUUGUUCAAAUUAACAAAGCAAUCUACCCUGGAGGUCAUCCUGUAGCAACCGAACAUGCCCUUAGUAAGGUUGACUAUUUUUUUUUCAGCUGUGUAAGACAUAAGAAAGCCACAUUUUAAUUUACAUAAUAUGCGGUAGAUUUGAUAGUACAUUUCUGCAUCAA